AGCUUGCCUCCACUAUGCAGCUUUAUCCUCAGUCAGUCUGUCAGCUCACCUUUCUGAGCCUCUGCUGCGUACUGAUUGCAGUGAGAGAGUCCGACAGCACGUUUGUCCCGGGAAGAUGUUUGUGUCCACAGACGCAACCAGGUGUCAGAGGGCAUCUGAAAGAGAUCACAGUCUACCCAAAACGCCCCGGCUGUGAUAAAUUCACAGUAAUAGUAACUCUGAGAAGUAAUCAGCCAGUGUGUCUGAAUCCUGAGGCACCGAUGGGCAAACAGCUGAUUCGCUGCUGGAAAAGAACUCAUAAGUUGGGUCGUGAUGUGAAGCUGUGCCUGAGGAGGAUGAGGAGGGGGAGAGGAGGUCAGCGCCAGCGAUCUCGACAGAGGAGCCGGGGCCACAACAGAAAAGCCUCAUCCUCUAACUCCCAGUAGUCAACCAGUCUGAAAGAUGAUACAAUACUACUGCAAGGAGAGAAGCGUGUACAUGCUGAUUGUUGCCACACUGUGGACUCCAGGCCGCUAGACGCCGUAAAAAAAACAAAAUGCACCACUUUUCUUUCUAUAAAGGUCACUAUGACAUCAAGCUCCCCUAAACUGUUGCUUGGACUGUAAAUCAAACUCUUUUUCUAGGCCAGCAGCAGGGAGCUUUAUGUUUUCUGUGCAAAUGAGUGAUGUGAUGUUAAAAACUAAGCCCUGGAGGCUUGUCAUAAAUGUUAACAGUUUUAGCUUCAAAACACUGUAAAAUGGUCAAUGUAUUGUUUUUGUGUAGCCCUGUGUAUGCAGCUGGACAAGCUAACUGAAGAGACUUAUUUGGUUAUUUAUUUUUAUAUUAAUAUGGGCAUUUUUCAGACAUUGUUUUUUUAAAUAAAGAUAUCAGAAAAAUA